CUCGCUUCUCCCGGUGGUCGCUCUGACCUGUCUUGCGUUUUGGCACCAUGCGAUGCCAGUUGAGGGGCUCUUGGUGGGCCCGGCCGUUGUUGGGGACGCUGGCGCUGGUAGUGCUGCCCCAGGGGUCGCUGGGUCAAUGUGCUAUCAAAGACUUGCCGAAGCUACCGAACUCCGAGCCAGAAAAGCACAGCCUUCCACCUAUUGUUCCUCAGUAUACUGCUGUUGUAUACAUAUGCAAACCAGGCUUUGUUAAAAAGAGUCCACAGGAAGAUGAUCGUGUUAUAUGUCAUCUCCGCGUCUGGAUGCUGAUCUCAGAUCCCUGUAUCCCUGGACCAACUUCACGAGCUCCAAAAACUUCAUCCAAUACUACUAGGAUCCCUUCACCAGCUCCACCAACUUCAUCCAAUACUACUAGGAUCCCUUCACCAGCUCCACCAACUUCAUCCAAUACUACUAGGAUCCCUUCACCAGCUCCACCAACUUCAUCCGAUACUACUAGGAUCCCUUCACCAGCUCCACCAACUUCAUCCGAUACUACUAGGAUCCCUUCACCAGCUCCACCUCAUUCAUCAGACUUUACUAUGCUGAUUAUCCCACAUGGAAGAAUAACCAAAGGCAGGAAAACACUGUAUAAGCCCGGGGAUAGUGUUACUGUUGAAUGUCUGCCUGGAUAUGUGCUGCGUGGAAAGUCUGUGAUUCAGUACGUUGGUGGGAAUAAAUGGUCGCCUAACGUUCCAUCUUGUUUCCUGAGGUUGAAGCUCCCUUAAAACUUGUAUCAUCAAAUCCUGUUUACUAGCAAUAUGUAUCUGUGUGGAACUUGGCUCACUUGCCCAUAUACUAUUUGAAUUUUGCGGGGCCUAACCCAUUUUCCUAUCUAUUUUAUUAUUCACCGUGGGGUUUGUCAAAUGAAGCUGUAUCCUGCUAUCAGUAUUUCUGUGGGGUAUUUCCGAGUGGGACUUUGCUUACCUUCCUCAUCUGAUUCAUUAAACAAAUUUCUGACAGCAUGAUUUGCCAAGCAAGACAGUGAGGUCAUUCUCACCACCAGCCGUACCUGGAUAGGGCAGCGCUAGCCUGGGUAGGGAUUGGGACUGAUCCCAGCACUCCUCUGCUGGGUAGCCCAGGAUUUCCACCAGGGCUAAAAGUGAAGUAGGAGGGUGUGAAUGCUUGGGCUUCUGGGCAUUCCAUACAGUCGGGUGGAAGGAGUGGCCCAGCAGAGGGGAAUCCCCAAUGCACCAUACUCCUCACUGCCCAGUUGUGGUAAAUCCCCCGGUGUUGUGGGGAAAUGCCACGGCUUCUCCUGUGAUGCUUUGUGGGGUCCCUGAUGACUCAGCCAAGUUUCCCCCAUCCCCCUUGCCUCUCCCAGUGUGCUAGUGUGCCAGUCAUUUAGGCGUGCAGUGCUGCAAAGCCCAGGAGUGGCAUCAAUCGUGUGAAGGAAAACAGGCAAGCUUCUGCCUUCCUCCUAGCCCUCCCCAGCAGAAUCAGUCAUAUGAAUGACCUCAAAAUCCUACUGUUUCUGUAGGGUUUUUCUGAGUGGGAUUUGGCUGAUAUUCUUCAUUUUAUUCAUUUUCACAUUUGUAACUGGGGCUUGCUGAGCAAGGCAGUAUCCUCAGAUUAUUUCUGUGGGGUGAGCAAGAGAGGAGAAGGAACGUGAGGGUAAGCAAGGAAGAAGCUUGCCUUCUCUUGCCCAUAUACUUUCCUGCCUGCUCUCAGAAGUGGCAAUGCUGAGAGACGUUGUGGGAUAGAGACUUUGGGGCUUCCUGGAUAGGGUGCUGCAGGAUACAGAAAGGUGGAAAGAUUGCUAUUUGGUUUUAUUAUUUGAUCACUUCUUACAGAAGAACUCCUUUUCCUUUAUUUCCUUUUCAGUAUAAAAGCAGCAGUAGCAAGCACCCUUUUCCAAAUGAGUGCUUAAGAUCAGAUGUAGUUAGGCCUUGUAGCUCAGUUACACAGAAAAGAUCAGACAGAGCUCAGCCUGCAAACUGGGAGGACUGCAGGUUUCAUCCUUGUAAUAUCACUAUUGAAGUUGGCUAUGGGGUGUAGUGUUGCUUCCAUGCUUAGCCAUGGAAGUGAUGAUCUGAAGAAAAUAAAUUUACCAUAUAUGGUAAUUAUUGAAUAAGAUGAAUAAUAUCAUAUUUCUAUACCAUCUGAUAUGUACAUCUCUAGGCAGUGUACAAAAUUUAAAAUAUCUGAAAGUCACAGAUUAAAAUACAUGACAAUAAAAAUAUAGUAAAAUAGUUAUUAAAACAAGUUUCUUUACAAAUUAAUUCUAAUUAGCCUGUGAAAACAGGAGAGUCCUGAGGUUCUUCCUGAAAACAAACAGAGAAGGAGAUACUCUUAUUUCUGUAGGGAGCAUAUUCCAAAGCCCUGGGGAAGCCACAGAGAAAGCCCGGUCCUGAGUCGCCACCAAACGAGCUGGUGGCAUCUGUAACCAGACCUCUCCAGAAGUUCGUAACUGGUGGCAGGGUUUAUGACAAAGGAGGCGCUCUCUUAAAUAGCCUGGACCUAAGCCAUUAAGGGUGUUAGGUAAUAACCAGCACUUUGUAUUUCACCCGGAAACAUAUUGGCAGCCAGUGCAGUUCUUUUAAAACUGGUGUUAUGUGGUCCCUUCGUGUUGUCCCAGAGACCAAUCUGGCUGCCGCAUUCUGUACCGAUUGUAGUUUCUGGACUAUGUAUAAGGGCAGCCCCAUGUAGAAUGCAUUACAGUAGUCAAGCCUGGAGAUUACCAGCAUAUGUACCACUGCUUUAAGGUCAUCCGCCUCUAGAAAUGGAUGUAGCUGACAUAUCAGCUGAAGCUGAUAAAAAGCACUCCUGGCCACUGCCUCAACCUGAGAAAGCAGGGAAAGCUUUGGGUCCAGUAGCACUCCCAAGCUACCAGAUCUUUCAGGGGGAGUGUAAUCCCAUCCAGAAGAUGCAGAUCUAAACAAUUUCUCAGGUCCUGGCCCCCUACAGUCAGUACUUCUGUCUUAUUUGGAUUCAGCUUCAGUUUGUUAUCCCUCAUCCAGCCCAUUACUGCCUCCAGGCAUGCAUUUAGGGAAGAUAUGCCAUUUCCUGAUGAGGUUGGCAUGGAGAAGUAGAUCUGGGUGUCAUCAGCAUAUUGAUAACACCCAGCACUAAACCUCCUGAUGAGCUCUCCCAGCGGUUUCAUGUAGAUGUUAAAAAGCAUUGGUGACAGUAUGGAGCCUUGUGGGACUCCACACUUCAGCUCUUGCUUAGCAGAACAACAGUCUCCAACCAACACCAUCUGGAAUCUGCCAGAGAGGUAGGAGCGGAACCACUGUAAAACAGUGCCACCCAAUCCCACCUCUCUCAGGCAGUCCAGAAGGAUACCAUGGUUGAUUGUACUGAAAGCCAUAGAGAGAUCUAAAAGAGCAGAGUCACACUCCCUCUGUCGAUAGCCAGUUGGAGAUCAUCCAUCAGGCCGACCAAGGCAGAUUAUCUAGAAAAGGUUCUAGAUAAUCUGCAUCAUCCAAAACUGCAUGGAGCUGAGAGGCCACCACAUGCUCAACCACCUUGCCCAACCAUGGAAGAUUAGAAACAUGUCUGCAAUUAGCUAACUCUGAGGGAUCCAGUGUAGCUUACUUCAAAAGUGGUCUAAUAAUAGCCUCCUUAAGACAAGGCGGCAUUCUGCCCUCCCUCGGAGAAGCAUUUAUAUUACCAGACCCUCUCUGACAAUAUGAUUAUCAGAUGAUAAGCCAAGUUUGGCAGGGGUCAAGAGAACAGGCUGUAGGACCACAGUCCAAAGCAGUUUGUCCAUUUCCUCAGGAGUCACAAACUGAAAAAGAACCAAUCUAAUCCCAUAAGAGGAGUUGCUGGACACCUCCACAGUAGACUCUGAAGUAACUGUGGAAUCUGGCUCAGCCCGAAUGAGAGUUUUUAUCUACAAAAAAAUCAUUAAAAUGUCACAGCGAGUGACCCGAUGGUUCCAAGUUUAAAUUCAAGGGGGAGGGGGUACAUACUAGCCUCCUUACAACCCUAGACAACUCAACUGGUUGUGAAUUUGCAGAAACAAUGUGGGCGGAAAAGAACUGCUUCUUUGCCACCUGCACUGCCAGAGCAUAGGUCUUCAAAUGUGCUCUGUGUUGUACCCAAUCAGACUCAUGCCAAGUCUUCCUCCAUUUGAAGGAAUGGAGUCUUCCUCAAUUCAACUAUUUGAAUUUAAUUACAAAUUCCAAACUAUUCUUUUUCUUCCCUUUUGUAAGCACAUUAAUACAAAAUUCUCGUAUAUAUUAAUUUCUUGAACUUUCUUAUAAGCAUAAUCUAUACAAAAUGAUUUUGACCAGUCAUCAACAUAACAACUCACUAGAUAUUUGCAACAUGGACCCCAGAGCUCAACACAUAUAAGCCUGUACUAGAGAAUAUGAGUAUGUUUAUAACUCCCAACAUGUGUAUUUUAAAAUUAAUUAAUUAAUUAAAUUUAUAUACCACCCCAAACCUAUGUCUCUGGGUGGUUUACAACAACAAUUUAUAUAAUGAGCUACCAUGUUCUCUUUUGUGAGCAAGUUGCUUAUCGGUAUCUUUUCUUUUUUUAA